AUGAAUGAUGAGAAAAAAAAUGCAAGUUCUGUAGACUUCUUUACUCUACUUGGAUUUUCUAAUUGGCCUCAUCUGGAAGCAGUUCUCUUUGUGGUUAUCUUGAUCUUCUACUUGAUGACACUGAUAGGAAACCUGUUCAUCACCAUCCUGUCAUACCUGGACUCCCAUCUCCACACUCCCAUGUACUUCUUCCUUUCAGACCUUUCAUUUCUGGAUCUGUGCUACACCACUAGCUCUAUCCCUCAGUUGCUGGUCAAUCUCUGGGACCCAGAAAAGACCAUCUCUUAUGCUGGCUGCAUGAUUCAACUUUACUUUGUUCUUGCACUGGGAACCACAGAGUGUGUCCUAUUGGUGGUGAUGUCCUAUGACCAUUAUGCAGCUGUGUGUAGACCUUUGCAUUACACUGUUCUCAUGCACCCUCAUUUCUGCUUGUUGGCUGUGGCUUCUUGGGUAAGUGGUUUUACUACGUCAGCGCUUCAAUCCUCCUACUUCUGGGUACCCCUGUGUGGACAUCAUCAAGUGGGUCACUUCUGUGAAGUUGCAGCACUUCUGUGAUUAUCAUGUGUUGAUACCCAUGCAAAUGAGCUGACCCUCAUGGUCACGAGUUCCAUUUUUGUUCUCAUACCUCUCAUCCUCAUUCUCACUUCCUAUGGUGCCGUUGCCCGGGCUGUACUGAGGUUGCAGUCAACUACUGGGCUUCAGAACGUGUUUAGGACAUGUGGAGCCCAUCUUAGGGUUGUAUCUCUCUUUUUCAUUCCGGCCAAGUGCAUAUAUCUCCAGCCACCAUCAGAAAAUUCUCCUGAUUGAGGCAAGUUUAUCGCUGUCUUUUAUACAGUAGUCACACCUAGUCUUAACCCUCUAAUCUAGACUCUGAGAAACAAGGAUGUAAGAGGAGCAGUGAAGAUACUAAUGGGGUGGGAGUGAUCCUUUCUACAUGUGAUAUUAACAGUAUAAUGGAAUAUCUCCUCACAAUGAUUCAUCCAUCUCUUUAUUUAUCAACCAUUCUUUUAUUUAUUCACUGUGAGCACUUGCUGAGCAUGUACUUUAACAAGGUCAUGGAGUGCCUGGUAACAGGUAUAAAUAAAACACAGUAAGCAUAAAUACCAUUCACUUGUGGAGAAAACAGCUAUGUAAAAUCGAAGGAAAACAUCUAUAGCAAUGUUUUUCCAUGGCACAAACCUAAUGAAUCCAAGACAGACUUUUCCUGAUUGAAAAUAGCAUGAAAUUUGUUGUAAAUCUUGAUAAAAGCAGAGUUAUAAUUCCUAGGAAAAGAUAAUACUUUUAUUUUUUUAAAUCUCUAGAACAUGUCUUUAAUUUCUUGCCUUUUAGGCAGAAUGCUUUUGACUUCUAUCUUUAGUUAAAUACACAGCAAAAUACUUUAAAUCUUUUUCUCCAACACCGCUUGUUCUUUGUUGGAUAGUAAAUUUUGAGAGGAAUUUUGGUCCAUAUUCUUUCAUAUCCAGUAUCAAUCGUAAGAUAAUAAGUUUUAUGAAUUGUAUCAAGAGAGGCUUUGAAGCAGUGUAGAAGUUGGCAUUUGAGAUCCCUCUUUCUUGCAAGGCAGUGAGAAGCAUAUAGGAAGUGACAAGAGCUGGUAAAGCUGAGCUGUGUGUUUCAUAAAGGAAUGGUCAUCACAGGCGAGGCAUACUUAGGUGAAGUAAGUGAUUGGAGCAACUGCAUAACCUAAGGAUCUAUGGAGAACAUUUGAGGCAAAUAGAGAGCUAGGCUCUGAAAAUGACUUCAAGCCAAGGGAUGUAUG